GGAGCGAGGCUGGAAUGUUGCGCGGGGACACCCGAGGAGCGCCGCGAACUCCUCGCGCUGCCUCGCUCGCGUUCCCCCUUUGGUGACAGCCCUUUUGCCAGGAGAUCUUUUGUUGCCUCCGCAGCCAAUCAAGGCUUUUUACGACACAGUUCAGUUGGGAUAUAAAAGGAGAGUCCUUCUUUCUUCGCCCCCCCUCCUUCCCCCAACCAGCAAGUCACCCACCGUCGCCAGCCCCUAAGAACAACUUAACAGUCCUCCGCCAGCCGCAGGAGCCCCGGCAUCGGCACCGGCCCCCGGCACCCUCCCGGCCGGCUUCCCGCAGCCGCACGCCAUCCACCCCCAAGGCCAAGCCGGCGAGAUCCGUGUUCGCUGGAGAAAAAGGCGAGCGAGGGGGCUUGGCCGAUCGGGGGCUUGCCUGGUUGGGGGGGAAAGCGACGCUCGCCAGACAUGCUGGUGCCCAAGUCCUCUCUGUUCUGGUGCUUCCUGGUCCUGUCCUUGGAGUUCUGCACGGGGGAGCCCGGCGAGCGAGGGGCGGAUAAAGCCCCCACGGAGGGAGUCCCCCUGAUGACGGACCCCGAGGACCAGGGCUGCCCGGUGUGCAUGUGGCGGAAGCACAGCAAAGAGAUGCGGCUGGAGAGCAUCAAAUCCCAGAUCCUGAGCAAGCUGCGGCUCAAAGAGGCGCCCAACAUCACCCGGGAGGUGGUCAACCAGUUGUUGCCCAAAGCCCCGCCGCUGCAGCAGAUCUUGGACUUGCACGACUUCCAGGGGGACUCCUUCCAGCACGACGACUAUCUGGAGGAAGACGAGUACCAUGCCACCACCGAGACUGUCAUCAGCAUGGCACAAGAAACGGACCCAGCAGUACAGAUUGAAGGCAACCCACACUGUUGUUUCUUCAACUUCAGCCCCAAGAUUAUGUUCACCAAGGUAGUAAAGGCACAGCUGUGGGUGUACCUACGGCCUGUUCAACAUACCUCCACAGUCUACCUACAGAUCCUGCGUCUCAAGCCUGUGACAGAGGAUGGCAGUCGCCACAUCCGUAUCCGCUCACUCAAGAUUGACCUGAACUCACGCAUUGGCCACUGGCAGAGCAUUGACUUCAAGCAUGUGCUGCAGAACUGGUUUAAGCAGCCUCAGAACAACUGGGGAAUCGAGAUCAACGCUUUUGAUCCCAAUGGCAAUGACCUGGCUGUCACCUCUCUUGGGCCUGGUGCUGAAGGCCUGCAUCCUUUCAUGGAGCUGCGUGUGCUGGAGAACAACAAACGGUCCCGUCGGAACCUGGGGCUAGACUGUGAUGAGCACUCAACUGAGUCCCGUUGUUGCCGUUAUCCACUGACUGUUGACUUUGAAGCCUUCGGUUGGGAUUGGAUUAUCGCUCCCAAGCGGUACAAAGCCAACUACUGUUCAGGCCAGUGUGAAUACAUGUUCAUGCAGAAAUAUCCCCACACUCACCUUGUGCAGCAAGCCAACCCUCGAGGCUCGGCAGGGCCUUGCUGUACACCCACCAAGAUGUCCCCCAUCAACAUGCUGUACUUCAAUGACAAACAGCAGAUUAUCUAUGGCAAAAUCCCUGGCAUGGUUGUUGACAGGUGUGGAUGCUCUUAAACCCCCUGCCUGUCCUGCCACUCCCUUCUCUUGAUCCCCUUGGAUUCCUGCUUCGAUGAUGCACCCUGACACUGAAUCUAUUCCUUAGCAUUUAAAAACAUUUUUGGAGAUAAAAUAAUUGUGAGAGAAGAACAAGAUGAAUAGCAUUGUAUUGAAAAUCUCUGAAGUGACAUCAUGCGCUGUGCAAUAAUCAAAACAGACGUCACAUUUCUGGAGAGUGGAUGAGUUGGCUUGGAUCAAUGCUUUCCUCCCUGAGGUAUAUCUGAAACAAGCAUUCUUCUCUUCUCCAAAACCCUUUGUCUGACCCAUCACUGCUCAAGCUUUACUUUUACUGGCAUUAUCUCUUUCUUCCCAGUCUCCUUUCUCUCUUGAACUGGGAUGCAAAAAUGGUUGUAACGUGAAAAAGCUCACCAGAAAUGGAGAAGCUCUUCAUCCCGUUUACAAACAGUGAAAGCUUCUUUGAUUGUGAUUAAGUUAAACGAAAAGUUGUGUGAAACAAUGGAGAUAAAGAGGGAAAAAAAGAGGUAAAUAUUUUGUACUAAGGUGAAGAAAGAAGGGAAACAGCCAGCUUGGGCAAUAUUUGGAAUUUUUUUUGGGGGGGGGAGGGAAGACUAUGGUGUGGGGAUUUGAAGGUUGCUGAACCUGCCUGCCUUUUGAGAGACAGAAUCCCUGAAGACAUGGGAGGCUACAAAGAGAUGGAAAUGGGCAUCUACUCAGAAAGCUUCUAUGUACUGACUGCAUGGGUGCAAGAGGUGGUGGCUAAGUGGAGAUGUAACUUAUAGACUUAGAAGGGUGUUAGAUGAGCUAUCUAACUGGAGGUUAAACUCCUAAUUUUAGCAUCCUUGGAUGCAAGUCCAACUCACUGAUUUCUGUACCCUUCAAACAAGACUGCUCCAAUAGUCAAUAUACUUCAACUCCAUUGUCCUUACAAAAACAUGACCCUAACUCUGAAUUCAAACUACAUGUGUCCAUAUUGAGCCCUUAUUUGUAGUAGUAGGGGAAGGAGAUUUUGGUCCAUAUGAGGAGAAAGGAUCCCAGUUCUUCUCCAAUGUAGUUUGUAUCAUAAAAAAAGACUCUUCAUCUGUAGUACAGGAUGCAGCUAGUGGGGACAAAAUUACUUUUAUUUAUUUAUACUCUGCAGUAGAGCUUUACUUCUUUAAGCACCAUUUUUGCCUGAUGUUUCAUUAGAAACACCAUGCAUGUAAAUACAAGAGAAAUUGCAAUUUUCUAUUACUAACUGCAAAACUGGAUAAGGCCUGUCUAUUUGUUUUGGCUACUUGUAGUAUGAAUCCCCCUCCCCAACAGCUAGUAUCUUGUUGUGUUAGGCUGGCAAUACUUUGGUAGCACAGCGAUCCCUAGAUGGUGGCACAAAUUGCUCUUUAUUGCUCUUCUUCUACACCAAUGCCUUUUAUUGUUAAAUGCACUUAUGUAGAUUUCAAACUUUAUUUCUAGAUUUUGAUGAUACUCAGUAUGAUGUUCCUUUUCCCAGACAACAAACAGAGCCCAUCUCUGUUUUGACUAUUUUAAGCUAAAUUGCCCAGGACGACAUGGGAGAAAUAAACAGGGGAUCUGAACACUAAGUUGAAAAAUAGAGGGGGUGGCUUCUAAUCAUAAUUAAAAUUUGUGUCAACGAUUGAAUCUUAGAACUGAUGUCCAUUUCCCCAUCUCCCAAGACUAUGUAGAAAUUCAAAUGGGACAAUUGCCCUUUGGUUGGUGAAGUAUUAGCCACAGACUGAGAAUUUGUCAAUGGACAUGCUCAGAUCUAUGGUUUCCAGUUUCAGGAAUAGGCCUGCAAGGAAUGGUUAAGAUAAGAUUCAAUGCAGAGAAGCUGGAACCUCUUCAGUGAUGUCUCUGACACACGACCAUGUACACUACCAAGGUAGCAACAGAUUGGGUCUGUAUCUUGUUAUUGCUCCUGUUGGUUCACAGCUACUGGGGAGACGGUAGUUAGAAAGCUACGUGGCUCAUUAUCCCAAUAAUCAAAAAGAUGGGUAGAGGGCAAUGUUUAAGUAGGUGGAAGGAGCUUUUAUGGUGAACAGUCCUAUUACAGUUGUGGUGUUAAGGUGUUGGUUCCAGUAUGGGUUUUCAGGGCAAGUGAGUGAUGCUGCAAAUUAGAAGCGAAAUAGUACUCUAACUCAAAUUAUUUGUCAGCUGUUAAAAUCCAGAAUGUGAACUUAAAACUUGUGCUCAUUGUUAAGUCACCAGAGUCCAGCCAUUCCCUAUGGGAUUUCCAUUUGGGAUGGCACAAAGGUUCUGUUUGAGGAGGGAACAGAAGUCUGAAUCUAGUUUGUAAUGGGAAGAUUCCUCCCUGACAUCCCCACUCAGCUAGGACUGCCAAAGGCUGAAGCACUUGAUAAGAUGGCAGGUAAGGCAGAUUCCCAUUUCACUACAGGACAAAGGUCAGGUAAAAGAGAGCCGAUCAGAGCGAACAGGUAGCCUCUGAUUGAAUUGGGAAGUAGAUUCAAACAGUUCUAUUAGUGAGGUCAAAUGAUAGAUAAUACCUGUGUUUGUUUUGCAGAGUAAUCAUUAUACUGGUCCUAACUAAUCUGUGACACGCGAUUUCAACUUAAUAACUGAAAGGUGAGAGAAGAGACAGGGAAGCAAGCAUAAUCUCUGAUGCAGCUAACGUCUUUUUGCCCCAAACUGGAACAAACAUUUAGGCUCAUACCAUUGUGGCGUCUUCACUUCUCUUCUGCUAUUUUCAUGACAGUAUGAAAACAGGAUCUCUGUUUCUCUAGAGUUCAGCUGUUCCUGCUGCUUUAGGUCUUGUUUCUCCUUUUCUCUGCUUGGGCUGUCUAGGAAGCUGCUGUGUGAUAUGACGCAACUCUUCAGAAAUGCCUGUCCUGGGUCUGGAACCCAGGCGUGGAGGUGAUAAACUGAAAGGGGAGUCUUUAACAGACCUAGAGCCAAGUAUUUUUCUAAUGUUUUUAGCACAGAGGACCACUGGUUUGUCUGCCAGUAUUACAGUUGUUCCAUUACAUUAAAACAGCUAAAAAUAUACUCUCAGAUUUUUCUUGAAAUGACUUUUUCACAAAAGUACAGAUUACAGAUAUUCAAGGAUGUCGAAUCAUGGUGAAGAAAAAUCAAAAGAGACCACAAGGAACUAAUGUACUCCACAGAGGACUGCCUUUCCAAUUCUAGCACUUACUGUAUGACAGCUGACCUGUGAAUCUCAGCUCCCAGCCACAUUCCAACAUGGAACAACUCUGACUCUUCCUUACAUUAGCUAAUGCUCUUGAAACAUUGCCUUCCUAUUUUGAGUUAUUGAGUCCCGGACCAACGGGCAAAUUAUAGAUGGAGGCUUGGAUGAGAAUGCAUAGGAUGACAUGUUACCUAAAUUCCUUAACCCAUUUAUCCUGGUGCAGGGAAAUUCAUGUGGCUCUAGCUGAGCCAAACUUUAGCACUUCUCAUGGGUUUAAACCCCUAAAUCCCAAAUGGGAACAGUCCCCUGCCCAAGGUUGCACAGAGAUCAGUUCUUCUAGCCAUUUUUGAGCUACAUUGCUUCUCUCUCUCUAGCACUUAUAGACUGAAGCGCUUCAACCGUUUCAAAGCACUCAUCAACCAAUGCCUUCUAAGCUUGUUGAACAUAUGAUAGCUUAAUUUAAUGAGUUAACCAUUUGGGGCAAACAAAAAAGACAGAUUGGCUAUAUACAAGAUAACAGCUCUGGAAACAAUGGAUGACAUCCGGAAUUCCCAAGCCUUGAAUGCUAUCAAGCAGUUACAGUGAUAUGUUAUGAUUUUAUUUGAUCAUUUCAUAUAUUGAGUUUUUUUUUGUGCUGUGCUUGCUGCCAUUUUCCCCUUUUCUUCAGUUUGCAUUCUUGGUACAUGGUUAGGUUCAUGGAAAGAUUCAAAACCAUAGUAGAAACUAUUAAUGCAGUAUACUAACAAGAUCUGCAACAACAAAACAUCAGAAAUGUGGAUUCAUACAUACUAGACAUAUAUUAAAAUUCCUAGUAGUAAAAAGAUGGGGACCAAGAAGAGUGAUCAUAUUCUAUAAGGAACAUGAUCACCCUAUCCAGCAAAAAUAGGUCCCAGCAAUUUGACAUUAGUGGUCACAGUAUUUUUUUUAAUCAGUGAGGAAUCUCAAAGUUGCCACAUAGAUAUGUAGAACAAUGCCACUCUUUCCUUUUAAUGCUUACAGAUUUUGCUUUGAAAUUUACUAGGUUGCUAGGAUUGAUCCUUGGACUGGAAAAGAAAAUACAUGAGACAAAGGUCCUUGACAGAUGCCGGUAAUUUAUUAUAUGAUCUUCAAGGGGGUCUCAAUUCCCUUCUACAUGAAAGCAAAUACAUGUAGCACAAAACUAUCACCUAAGCAGCUCUGGUAUUGCAUAUACAUUGGUGGAGAGGCAAGAUGAAGGAAAAUUAUUUUUCCAUCGCCAAACAAGAGCCAAACACUGAUAGGGCACAGAUCUUUUUCUCUUCUAGUUAAGCCCUUCAGACCAAGAAUAUCUAAAUUUUUCCUCUUCAGCACUGGUUGAAAAUUCUAUUUAUUUUACACAAAGAAAAAAACAACUCUAUUUUCCCCAGCACUUAGCUAUAUAAAUACAACCAGGUUUCCUCCCAUCAUCCUGGAAAGGCCACAUUAACAAUCUGAACAUAGAUUGCUGGUCUCAGUUUAUUCUUCUAGGAAUACGAGUUUUUGCAUUGUAUGCAUGUCAUCAUUCUGAUAUGCCUGAUGUAUAAACUCAAGAACUAUGAAAAUCCAAGUCUUUGCUCAUACAGACAACAUGCUCUAUUACUUUAUCUCUAGAAUACUAAAAUACUUAACCACAGAUUGUUCAGCCUCCUGAUAACCUUCACAUAUGUGUCAUUUAUUACACUGAUUUUUGGUCUGGUAAAUUUCCUUAAAUAACUAGGUUUCCUGGGAAAUUUGGCUUCACUUUUGUUCAAAGAGCAAAUUUCUAGACUUCAAAUAGGGGACUGAAAUCUAAAGUCUUUUGCACAAAAAUAUUGCUUCUUAAUACCCCAUUCUAAAUCAGAUGGAUUUUUGCUUAUGUUGUUGUUAUCACAUACUUAACUUUCACCAUGCUUGAAAAUGGAGAUGUUCUUAGAUGACCUGCUAUGGCACAAAGCCACAUACUUUGCAAUGCACAGUCCUUCUCUGCUGGAGACACAGAGGAGGGAAGUGCAUGACAAAGCUAUUUUUCAUUAAGUAUAAUUUCCUGUUGGUAGUUUUGCUCAGCUGUAGGGGGUGAGGGAUAGAUACUUGUCAUUGUAUGAAACUUGAGAUGGUUAGGAUCAUGUUGGAUCCCUAGGAGUUGGGCUACCUCCAACAGGAUAUUUCCAAACAGCUAUUUUUGAACACAGCCUGGCUCUCCAAGAAAUAAUUUGACACUAUGUCUUGCUGAUACAGACAAAACAGUUUUAACACAUAACAAGAGAUAUCUGAAAUACAAAUACGUUAUAUGAAAGACCUGAAAUACAGGCCUGAGUAGACAAUUAAUCUGAGCAAUCUGUUGUCCUGAGGGCACUGUGAUUACAAAGUAAUUUAUCGAAUGCCAAAGUAGCCUAAUAUAUUGGGUUUGUGGUCAGAAAAGACUAUUGAGGUACCCAUUGAUAGCAAAGGAGGUGAAGUAAAACCCUUCCAAUUAUUAUUGUAACAAGCUCUGUCUUAGUGUUUUGGAUAAUGUGUAUUUUACAAACACAUGACCCAUGUUUACUGAAGAUUUAGAAUGAAGAAUUCUUUUUGCUUGAAUCUUACAUGCAAAGAUAAAAGUCCAAGUAGAUCAUACAUAUACAAAAAAGCCCUAUUGGUGUAAUUUCUUAUAGACUGUUUCAUAACCUCCCUACUGGUCCAAGUGUUCAAAAUCACAAGCAAUUCUUUUCAGAGACUUGCAGCUAGCUCCUAUGAGUGCUUACUUAGAAGUAAAAGCACUUACUUAAGGUGCUUAGUCUUGCACCCUAAGUAAGCAAUUAUGCAGUUCUUUCUAAUGUUCCCCUGUAUAUAGAGACCCAUACUUCUUUAUUAACCACUGACAGUAUUCAUCCAUGACAUUAUGACACAACAAAAUUGGGCAGGUCUCACCUAAAACAUGGAUGCUUUCUUUCUGGGUUUUGGGUGGUCUGAUUCCCCUCUCCUCCUACUGCCCAGUGGUGCUAAACUAGAAAGAUAAUAUCCAAACAACCUGCUAUUACUAAUGGAUUCUUCCAAUGGGACAAGAAUCUCCUUUGGGUAAUUUGACUCACAAAAGGCAGACAGGCAUGGUUAUUUUUGGAUGUACGCUUGUAAAUAUAAGUCCUUCAAGUAUAUUAUUAUUUACUUUGUUUAUGUUACUGUCCAUAAAUGUCAUAGUGGUGUGUAUGAAUGUUGGGUUGUGUAUAUGUGCCUCUGUGCGUGUGGAUGGAUGAGAGGAUGAAAUGAAGAAAUUAGUUUGAGAAUAAUGACAUGGGCUAAGAUGUGUUGUUUUUAUUUUAAUCACAUGACCAAAAGGCCAUUCACUGGUUAAGAUUGUUUUUGUUUGUUUGUUUUGAUCACAUGACCAAACACAGCACUUGAGCAUCAAAAUAAAAAUUUAAAAUAUAUAAAAAUAAAAUAUAAAAAAAAGAGAGUUCAGAGCUUUUCACUCCAAUCCUGCACCUGGGACAUGCACAGCUGUUACUUCAACUUUCCAGAUGGAAACGUCACUGGCUGAGAGAGAAGAGCCUACUAGUGAGAAGAAACUAGGUUUCUAAGGGGAAAGUUUAAUGCCACUGCAACAGGCAUUGUGCCAUACAGUAAUUUCAGUUUCCAAAAACAGGUGCAAGUCUAUGACUGAUGUUUAAUCAACAGGGAACCUGUUGUAUUUGGUUUGUAUGUCCAUUCACAGUUUUCCACCUCCUCCCUGAGAUGCUGCCUUUCUUUACAAAACGGAUGGCAAUUCACUUUGGAAGCAGGAGGCAGUCCUGACAGCCUGUUUGGAGAGGCCUCAGAGACUUUGCAGGAGUGAAGCAAAGCGCCUGGACUUAAAAAAUGCUGAAUGUUCGUUGUAAAAAUGGAAUAUUGAGAGACUUCUUUGGGCUAAGGUACCAUUUGCACUAUGGAAGGUUAAAGAAAAUUUAAAGAGACUAGGAUGGGGUUUCCCUUUUGUGACACACCCUAGAGCUCAAGAAGAGAUACUUUUAUGUCUGUGCUUUCUCUUUUUGUAAAGGCUGUGUGGGAGGAUUAGUACAUAUCAACCCUGGUGUAGUUCCCUCCCUGCUGAAGGCAAUUUACUGUGUAGUACUGUGAUCUGAGCAAUUAUAAACAGUUGUAUCUGACUUCCAAGCCACAAAGUGUCUUGCUACUAUACUGCUGAACACAACUCUGUGAGGGCAAACUAACCCAAUACUUACUUUUUUUCCAUUAAAUUCCUAUUAUGUAUUUAUGUGCAUUUUCACUGUGUUACAUCUUUUUGAGACUCUUAAAUAUAGAAUUAUUCAACCAAUCUCCAGCUAGGCUCAGCUUCCCAUGAGUUGUAAUGGAUGAGGAAAAAGAACCCACAUCUUCAGUAAUUAGUUUGGAACAGAAAACUACAGCUGAACUACUAGCACUAUUAUAGAUUUUUCCUACUGUAACAGGAAACCUAGAGACCAAGUUUUUUUGUUUUUUUUUGCCUAGAGUCAAAAUGUGGAAACAGAGAAUGGACGGUUUAGUUCUGAAUUCUUCUGCAAGCUUUAUAAUUGAAACUGUGUUAAUUCUGAGACAAAUUAGCUUUACUUCUGUGUCAUUUAUGGAAGAAGGAUGAAGUUUCUGUUAAUGAAUUUUAAUUGGUGUAUUUUAAAGCUUUAUAGAAUCCAUAGAUGAAUAACAUGUGGAAGUUACAGGAAAUAUUUCAGUUACUUAGAACCAGCUUAUUGAAACAACAUCCCCUACAUUAGUUUAUCUUCUGAUGUCAGAUGUUUCAUUAUUCCUCCUUCUACUACUUGGACACUGGUGAAACUGAUUUCUUAAAUGGCUUCAUUGUCAUUUAUCAAAUGAACACAGCUCUGGCCUGUUUCAUGUAACAGCUUUAAAGCUGGAAAAGAACAAUGUGACAAAUGUUUCCCCAUGAAAAUAGUCUUUCUUGCCCAGUUGGAAAAGUUCCCAGCUAGGUCCCCUUUGCCAAAAACUCAAUAAAUAGACAUAUUUUAGGCAGGUGUGUGCUCUCUUCCUGCUCUACAGGGUUUUCUAAGUGAAAACAUGAGAAUUUAACUGAGGUGGCACUUAUUUAUGAGAAGGUGAGGUCAGAACAACUGGGGACUGUAACAGCUGUUCUUUCAUAUACAAAUUAGAAAAAAUGGGGAAAAAACAAAACAAAAAGGAUUGCCUUGGGUAUUUCUCUUCUGUGUUGUAUAAACUAAAUUUGUUCUGUAACUGGUUUUAGUCUGUCUAGUAUAUCAUAACCAUUGCUUCUGUUCCAGUUUCUUUGUCCUUUUUAAGAUUUUUUUGUACAAUAAAUACAUACAGUAUAGCAAAAAGCAUUCUCUUCUUUUGAUGCUUUAAUAAAAGAAUUCUAAAUAGACCUUUGGUCUAGAUGGGUGGGAUAGAAAUCCAAUAAACAAACAAACAAAUCUUUUGAGUAUGGCUGAAAUUCUGUUGCUUUGUAAUACAGGCAGAAGGCUUAACAUUCAGUCAUUCCUAGUUGGCAAUUAAGUUGUAGCUGGGAUACUCAAGGGGACAUGUGCCUACUGGCUUUGCAGACUGAUUAAUUAAUUACUGGCUAGGAACAACCUAACCUUACACCUUUUGCCUUCUGCAUGUGUAACAAAGCAACAGGACUUCAGCCUAUGCAAGGGUCAAACUAUAUGAAAUGGCAGCUUGGCAAGUAACAGUUGAUUUGCAAAUGAACUUUUUCUAUCUCCUACUGAGAAAUCAGUAAGCUAGUUUGGAACAUGUGGAGGCAAGGAAAGCUGGUGCAUUCCUCUUUUACAUGGUAAAGGAAUUACGCUAAUGAUAUGCAACAAUAUUUUCUAGUCUGGCACUUAUCACAGGAAAGGGAGGGUUUGUGUUCACAAUACAGCUGGAACAAUUUGAGACAGUUACUUUGAUAUAUCUGUACACAGGAGUCUCCAACUCUGUUUCCAGGGGGAAAAUGAAAAAAACAUGGUGACCAGUUAGAACAGAAGGUACACACACAAUUCCCAGAAAAUAAACAGAACAACAGGUAUCCUGAUGCUCAA